GUCUAAAUGGCUAAUAGUGAGUAAUCCCAAAAAGUGCAAAAUUACAUCUUAGGUAUUAGAAUAAUGAUUUUAGAGAUCGGACUAUUGGAAGAGGAACAUUUGGAAAAGUGAAAUUAGGUUAUCAUACAAUUUGCAAAGAAUAUGUAGAUGAUAUAUUCCUUUAUAAAAGGUUGCUGUUAAGAUACUUUAAAAGAAAAAGAUAGAAAAUAAUGCUGAUGCUACAAGAGUUUAAAGGGAAAUUUCAAUUUUAAGGAAAGUGAAUCAUGAAAAUAUAAUAAAAUUGUAUGAGGUAUAAGUAAUCUUAAUAAUAGAUUUUAGAAUCAGAUGAAAAUCUUUAUUUGGUUAUGGAAUAUGCAAAGGGAGGAGAACUCUUUGAUUAUAUUGUAAAAAAGCAUCAGUUCAAUAUAUUAUGUAUUUUAUUAGAUUACCAGAACCAAUGGCAGCACGUCUAUUUUUUUAAUUAAUAAAUGCUGUAGAGUAUUUACAUUAAUAAAAAAUUGCUCAUCGAGACUUAAAGCCUGAGAAUCUUUUAUUUGAUGAAUCAAGAAAUUUGAAAGUUGCUGAUUUUGGACUCAGUAACUUAUAUAAGAAUAAUGAAUAUCUUAAAACUGCUUGUGGAUCUCCAUGUUAUGCACCACCUGAAAUGUUACGUAUAAAAAAAAUUGUAAUUUUCAUAGAUGGAAAACCUUACCUAGGUGAAAAGAGUGAUAUAUGGAGUUGUGGGAUUAUUUUAUAUGUUAUGUUGUGUGGCUUUUUACCUUUUGAACAUGAAAAUACAAGGAAACUCUAUGAAAUGAUUAAGUAUGAAAAUUAUGAGGAACCUAAAAAUGUUUCAUAUAUUGCUCAAGAUCUAUUAAAAAAAUUGUUGAUUAAAGAUCCAUAAAUUAGGAUAGGAUUUGAUGGAAUUAAAUAACAUUAGUUUUUUAAAUCUGUUACAAUCUAACUAGAUCAAGUAAUUACUAAUAAUGACACAUAAGCUUUAAAAAUGUUAUUAGAAUUAGGAUAUGAUAUCAAUAUCAUUUAUGAUCUAGUCAAAGAAAAUAAACAUAAUUCUCUCACUACUCUAUUUUGGUUAUUGAAGAAAAAAGCAUGUAAUUAAUAUAUUAAUCAUCUAUGUCAAAGAAAAUAAAAACCAUAAAAUUAAUUACAAUAGACACUCUAAACUAAAUAAAUUAAUUAAAUGUAGAAUUAAACUGCUCGCUCUAAUAGCAGAGGUAAAUUUACUACAUCAAUAUAAUAAAGAUAGCCAUUAUCUAAUAAUAGAGUACAAUUAAAAGAUUUAGAAUAAUUUACUAAUGAUCUUACAGGAAUUUCAAUUAAUUUAAAUAAAAUUAAUAAUCGUUCUAAAAGAAUCCCUAAUUCUCUUAAUGAUUAAGUCAGAUAAAAUACAUACUCUGUUUAAGAUAGAAAAAUUGAAAAUAAAACACCAGAUCUCUAAGAUUUUAUCAUUAAACAAUCUAAAUUUAAAAAUAAUCUUAUCACCUUAAGAAAAAAAAGUACAACUGAAUAAAUUGAAAGAAUUAAUUUUCUUAAUUUACAUGAUAAUGAUAAAAUAAAAACACAUAAUAAAAGAGGUAGAAAUAGAACUAUAUCCGAAAAAUAAAAACAUACCUUAAUAGAAAGAUAUUCAAAAAAUUAUACACCAUUAUUAAGUAGAUAAAGUAGUCCAUUAUCAAAGUUAUUUGUUCAAUCCAAAAAUUAAUUUUAAGGAAUAAGAAAUUAGAAUAACUAGAAUAAUUAAAACAAGAUACUAUUAGAAUAUUGA